AUGGAAAGAACACCUGCCCAAAACACCACUAGUCUAUCUGCCGUGAGCGAGCCCGCCACUGCUCUUGCUGCCGCUCCCCACGCCACCGCCCCAGCUUCUUUGUCCGCUGCGACGGUCUUCCCCUCGUUGGAAGCCUCUUAUACCGCCAGCCCGUCGUCCUCGGUGGCGCCGAUAUCUCCCCGUCUCCCUCCCCAGAAUGCCCUCUCCUCCGUGAUGGACGCUGAGAGCAACCCACCGCCACCCACAGACGAUCGAUCCCGUCGUGCUGCGAGCGUUUUGUCCAUGGAUGAUCUCGAGGCCGCGCAAGCGCUGGAAGGUCUUCGUUCAGAUUUCGUCCGAUCUCCUGGAGCACACCGGCCGCCCGUCCCGACUACUGCUUCACCAGACCCUCAGCAACCAGAGCCGCUGCUAUCCCUGCUGACAACUUCGCACCCGCUAAUCUCCUCUGCGAUAAACGGUUCUGUGUCCGCGUACACCACCUCGAAAUCGUAUUCUCCUCGUUUCAAGUCCAGCGCCGAGUUCAUCGAGCGUACCAUUGGUUCUCCCGUCGCAAGCACUGUCAAUACAGUUGGCCGCAAGACCGGUGUUGAGAGCGGUCUGCGUUGGGCACUACAGCGGCGAGAAGCAUCAGCCGACGCAAAGCGCAGCAAGCGGCGUAAAGUGAACGGCGUUGCGUCCCCAUCCGAGAUGGAGAUAGAGCAGGGAUCUGGCGACUCGACGCCCGCGACGCGGACUCGGAGCUCGUCAGAUCUGUCCAUGGCCGAGACGCUGCCUCCAUACGAUGAAAUGCGAUCUCCGCACUACGAAGAGAAACCAAAAUCCGGUCGACAAAUCCCGCCGACAUGGCAGAGCCGACUGGUCAUUUCGACGUCAGGGCUUGGAGUCGCCAUGAGCGAGGAAUCCCUGCGCAGUUUGCAGUACUGUCUGACUUGGCUGCGGUGGGCCAAUGGCCGACUCGGGAAAGCGAUUGUGGCUCUUCAGAAUGCUGUGAACGAGUGGGAAGCUCACAAGGAGCGGCAAGGGCAGCCGCAGCAUGAUCUAGAGGACGGCGCUAAUGGCGAGAGCGCAUCUUUGCUGCAGCAGCGCAUCCAAGCCGUCAAGGCGGACGUCCUAUCUACGCUGAAGCAAGUUGUGGAUGUCGUUUCCAAGUAUGCCGGAGGCGCUCUACCCGAGAACGCUCGCCAUCUCGUCCGUCGGCACCUGACAUCGCUGCCACACCGGUUCCAGGUCGCAUCGAGCUCCCAGCCGCCGCCUGACUCGCCCGCUGCGUCUUCCGAUGACACCAUCAACGCCCAUCGGAUAUUAGUUCUGGCUCAAGAAGGGCUUGACAUGAUGGCCCAAGUGAGCGGCGUCGUCAACGACACGCUCGUCAGUGCCGAACACUGGUGCGAGCGCCUCGGCCGCAAACGACCAGAGCGAGACACUAAAUCCCAGGAAAAGGCUAACCUGGCUUCUGAACUCGCGCCUGAUAUGGCUACUCCUGAUGCCCGGCUCUAUGGUAUGGAUAUCAAGCAGCCUCUCCUCUCUGAGCCUGGACCUCAGGAGGACGUCCGGAUGGCUGGGAUGGAACAGACAUGA